GAGCGAGGUUUAAAGCUGUCGAUGGCACGCGGUGUCUCCUCCACUUCCUGGUUGAAGAUGGCGGAUGAGAAUGAGACAGCACCGAUGCCGGAGAAAGAAGAUGUAGAGGACCACGGACACUGCAGCGACUGUGAAAAUGAAGAGCACCACUUUGAUGAUGGUGACAGGGGUCUGGGUGACGACAGUGGCGCUAAGAAGAAGAAAAAGAAGCAGAAAAAGAAGAAGAAAUCUGGUGCUACAGAAGCAGUUCAGGACCCCCUUGCCAAGGUGAAUUCAUUGCCAGCUGAUAAGCUACAGGAGAUUCAAAAGGCCAUUGAACUGUUCUCUGUAGGCCAAGGCCCUGCCAAAACCAUGGAGGAGGCAACUCGGAGGAGUUACCAGUUCUGGGACACACAGCCUGUGCCCAAGCUUGGGGAGACCGUGACAUCGCAUGGCUCCAUUGAACCUGACAAAGACAACAUUCGUGAGGAGCCUUACAGCCUCCCACAGGGCUUCAGCUGGGACACACUCGACUUGGGGAACCCUGCUGUGCUCAAGGAGCUUUACACACUUCUCAAUGAGAAUUAUGUUGAAGAUGAUGACAACAUGUUCCGAUUUGACUACUCUCCCGAGUUCCUGCUCUGGGCCCUGCGGCCCCCUGGUUGGUUGCCCCAGUGGCAUUGUGGGGUGAGAGUUAACUCCAACCAGAAGCUGGUAGGCUUCAUCAGUGCCAUUCCUGCUUCCAUCUGUAUCUACGACAUAGAAAAGAAAAUGGUUGAGAUCAAUUUCCUCUGCGUUCACAAGAAGCUUCGCUCCAAACGAGUUGCUCCAGUUCUGAUAAGAGAAAUCACCAGACGCGUCAACCUCCAGGGUAUCUUUCAGGCGGUUUACACUGCUGGAGUUGUACUGCCCAAACCUGUGGGCACAUGCAGGUACUGGCAUCGCUCUUUGAACCCACGCAAACUAAUUGAGGUGAAGUUCUCCCACCUGAGCAGGAACAUGACUAUGCAGCGCACCAUGAAGUUGUACCGUCUGCCUGAGGUCAAUAAAAACACAAAUUUGACAAACACAAAUAGAUUAUGUCGCCAUGCCACGCCUUUUUAUUAUUCUCCUCAACUGUCUUCUCUCCCUCAGGCUCCUAAGACUCAAGGUCUGCGGCCGAUGACCAAGAAGGAUGUGCCGGUGGUGCAUCGCCUCCUCCGUGAGUACCUGAGCCAGUUCAACCUGGUGCCCGCCAUGAACCAGGAAGAGGUAGAACACUGGCUGCUGCCCCGGGAGAAUAUUAUCGACACUUACCUGGUGGAGAAUGAUGGCAAGGUGACUGAUUUCCUGAGUUUCUACACACUGCCCUCUACCAUUAUGAACCACCCUGUGCACCGCAGUCUAAAAGCAGCAUACUCCUUCUACAACGUGCACACCACCACCCCCCUGCUCGACCUGAUGUCUGAUGCCCUCAUCCUGGCCAAAUCGAAAGGGUUUGAUGUCUUCAAUGCACUGGAUCUAAUGGAAAACAAGACUUUCUUGGAGAAGCUUAAGUUUGGCAUCGGUGAUGGGAAUCUACAGUAUUAUCUGUACAAUUGGAAGUGUCCCAGCAUGGGGUCAGAAAAGGUUGGGUUGGUGCUGCAGUGACACCCUUUACGCCACACACAAGUGUUACCAACAGGCCAGGAGACGGCACCAUCGCACUGACCACCUGGCAGAUGGACUGACUUCCUGCUGCAGGAACGGAAAACCCACCACCCAUUUUUACUUUUUGACCUUUUGAACUUUGACCUGCACUACCGCUGCCAGGCGUGGAGGCAGGGAGAGUCUUCCUGCUCUUCCUCCUCCUUCAAUCACAUGGACCUUAAGCCAUUGUAGUCACCAUCCCAAACAACUGUAUUUCAUCUGAGAGCUGUCUUGAUUGUACCAAACACAUAUACACACAAGAACAGUUUGCACAGAUACCAAACACUCAUUGUUGGCAUACCUACAAAACAUACAUGUAAAUAAUAUCAAACAUUACUGCGGAUUAUGCCCUAACACAUACAGACUAGAAGCUGUUUUAUUUUAUUCCUGAGCGUUGGAAGUGCUUUUGCAAUUAAAAUAAAUCUGUCAUCCUUCAGUUUUAGAGAUAAAAAAAAAAAAAAAAAAAAAAAUCAAAAUGAUCAAAAAAUAUUUUAAAGAGGAAAAGGUUCAAAUAGGUGAGGUAAUAAAUACCAAAAGUGGACACCAGAUAAGGGCUUCUGUUAAGAUUUCUCUUGUCAUGCUUGACCCUGUGUCUUUUUUUUAUUUUUCUCAUCAAACCCUUUGUGUCAUUAUGGAUUUGUUUCAGCACUGCUUGAAGAAGACGUUAAUGCCAGAGUUGACAUUCGUCUCCUGUUCUUCUCAUCUGUAUUAACUUUAAUGACCCUCCUCCUCCUCCUCAGCUCACUGCACUAACAGAAGACUGAUAACAAUGGACUGUUGCAGAAAAAAAAAAAAAUCAGAAUGGUUGUGAUUGCCACACAGAGGAUGAAGACAUUCUGAUGGGGUUUACUCAACACAUUUAUCAGCAGGGAUCCCAUUUGUAAUAACACGGCUUGGUUUAACUGGGUCCCAGUUUCAAUGUCCACCAUUAUGGGCUCUCAGUAAGCACUUAGGUCGAAAUGGGAAAUCGAAUGUUCUUGAGGGCACUUUUUUGAAGACUUUUUGAGCUCAUUAUGCUGACUUUGCUUGACGGAAUCACAUAAAGUCUUAAAAUAGUCAUAAACAUUAAUAUAAUAAAAUAUACCAACAAGAAAAGCUGAAAGAUCUAGCAACAAGCGUACAUGCACAUGGCACCUACUGUGUUUAGUUCUUAUAAAGGCAUGAUCAUAGUUUGUUUUGUCUCGUUCGAUGAAACGACAUCACUAAUAUGCUUUUAUAAGCUUCAUUUAGAAAGUGACAAACACAAUGUUAUUAACCUAGAUAAUAUGAAAUAUGAGCAUUGCUGGUAGCAUUUCACCUCAGUGCAGCUUUUAGAGCUCUACACGGAUCAUGCAGGUGACAUCAGUUAAGGUGUGAGGGUGGAUGUUGGAACCGGGCCCAUGAACAGCAGUCUGGACUUCAGGACAUUGUGCAGGGUGGGUGGGGAUGAUAAUGACUGGGGAAAUGCCCCACUUAAAGUGUUUCUUAUGUAAAAUGUUGGUUCUGUUUGCAAACUGAUGUAAAAGAAUAGUGGUUCUCAUGGUGUUAUGAUGCAGGAAAAGACUGAAGACGCAGGUGAAGUUUUCUCUUCUUUUUUUUUGGAGCAAAAAAAUAAAAUCUAGAAGUUGCUGUGA